AUGAAUACGAGUACGCGUCAAGUGACUAUCAUUGAUGAAUUGUGGGAUAAUGAAGAAUCGAAAGCUAAUCGUCCAUUGUACGAUGAACAAGAACGAGGAUUACAAAGACAAAAUAUUGAAUUGAAUGAUCGUAUUAAAAAAUUUGAAAAACAAUUAGAAGUACUGAAACAUAAUCAACCGAAAGAUCAUGAUAAAGAAUUGAUUAAACGAGCUUUAUCCAAACAAUCAAGUGAAUAUAAUAAAUUAUUAACACAAAAAGAUCAAAAAAUUGAACAAUUAAAUGAACACGUUAAACAACUUUCCAAAUCAAGUCUUCUUGAAUCAGCAUUACGUCAAUCAAAUAUUGAAAAAUUACAUCUUGAAAAGCGUCUUUUAUCAUCAAUGUCAUCAUUAAAUUCUACGACAACAACUAAUGCCGGUGUAAGUUAUUUUAGUCUAACGGAAACUAUUUUUCAAGCAUGCAAACAUAUCUUUAAGUCUUAG